AUGCAGAUAACGAUAACAACUUUGUCGGACCAGUUAUUUACUAUCGACGUUAGCGAAGAUUUAGAAUUAGAGAAUUUUAAGGCGCUAUGUGAGGUAGAAACAGGGGUACCUGCGAUCGAGAUGUCCAUUGUUUGGAAUGGGCGCCCACUGCACGAUGACAAGUUGACUUUACAGCAGUAUGGCAUCAGGCACGGGGAAAUUGUCCUUAUCCAGCAUCUGCGGGGUCAGUUAAGGCAGAAUCAUGGAGCUGGGGAACGGUCUCAGGCUGCGGGAUUUCCUAACAUUGACUUUGGGAGCAUACGUCUGCCUGGUGAGGGCAGUGCCGGCCCCUCACGGCGGGAGGAUGAUCCGAUGUUUAUCAGGGAUAUGUUACUUAAAAAUCCCAGCCAACUGGCUUUGUUGAAAGAAAGGAAUCCUCCACUGGCUGAUGCUUUGUUAAGUGGUGACAUGGGAAAAUUUGCUCAAGUGUUUAAUGAACAAAGACAGUUGCGGGUUCAGCAAGAGCAAGAAAGGAUCCGACUGUUGACAGCUGACCCAUUUGAUCCCAGCACACAGCAACAGAUUGAAGAGACUAUAAGGUUAAAGAAUGUGGAGACAAACAUGGAAACUGCCAUGGAGUUUGCCCCCGAAAGUUUUGGCCAGGUUCAUAUGUUGUAUGUGGAUUGUAAUGUGAACGGACAUCCAGUCAAAGCUUUUGUUGAUUCAGGGGCCCAGAUGACAAUCAUGAGCCAGGCCUGCGCGGAGAGGUGCCACAUCAUGAGGCUCGUCGACAGACGGUGGGCUGGCAUUGCUAAAGGUGUUGGCACACAGGCCAUUCUGGGCAGGGUGCAUUUAUGUCAGAUCCAGAUCGGGGAUGUGUUUCUGCAGUCAUCGUUUUCUAUACUGGAGAACCAACCCAUGGACAUGUUGUUAGGAUUGGAUAUGUUGAAAAGACAUCAGUGUGUGAUUGAUUUAAGAAAAAACCAGCUGGAAAUCGGCACCACGGGCACGAUAACUCCGUUUUUAGGGGAAGCUGAUUUGCCAGAGCAUGCUCGUUUAAACCAGCCAGGCUCUUCUGGCCAGGAUGAUGAUCACGAUCUAACAGAAGCACUGUCCCGUUCAGUUCAGGAGACAGGUGGGAACUCAUUACCUGCUAGUAAACCCACAGCUUCAGCGGCACCAUCACAGACAUCGUCAUCAUCAGCUUCACAACAGUUCUCAGAAGCAGUCGUCACUCGCCUUAUGUCCAACGGUUUUCCCCGGCAUGCUGUCUUGGAAGAGCUGAGACGCUCAAAUGGGGACGCAGACCAGGCUUUGGCCUCCUUGUUUUCUAAAUCGUUUACCAUGCCUUGA